AUGGCUCCCUCGGAGUUCCAAGGCCAGCAUGGCAACUUGCAGUCGGGAGGCAGAACGGCAGAGCGCACCGGACGGGUAGAUGCGCCCUCUCAGUCCCAACGUCGAAAUGAUGAAUCUUGGGUUGAAAUCGCUUCACAGCCGUCGUCGUCCUCACUGUCAUCCAUUGGAGAUGAGAUCGUCACCACUGGCCUCAGAGUCGGGGUCGGGCGGGCGUCUUAUCCACCGCAACAACCCAUACGCCGUAGAAGGCUCCUUCAACUGCAGCAGCGACAGAUGCAGCAGCGGCAGCAGCAGCAGCAACAUACAUCCAUGCCGCAGUCAUACUUUGUCAGCCACGCUGCAGCCCAAGGCGGCAUGAGUAGCCAGGAAGAAUACGACGAGACAGAGAGCGAGGAGGACAGGGUCAUGACCAGCUCAACCGAGAACGUGCCCGCUCCAACUCCAGGCCUGGCAGGCCAGCCUGCCACCAUGGGGCCGGCCGCCGACUCGGACACGGACUCGGAUGACGACGAGAACGCAACUGCUCUUGGCCGCCCGUCCGAUAGCCCGACGUUCAGGCCCCAACCCAACGCCUUCUCGCACCCACCGAACCACCUUCAGCAUAGGAGCCACUCCACCAACUCCUCAGUCCCAUACCAUCCGCCUUACGGCCGGCCAUCGGUGGCGCAACGCUCACAGACCAGGGUCAACCGCAGCGGCCCAAGUUUCAUGAGUCCCCACACCCGCGAAGACAACGACGAGGCCCUGCGCGCAUCGCUGACGACACUCUUGUCCUGCGCGGCCGCCGCGAGGGGCCUGCCCAAGAAGGACGAGACGGCGACAGGUCCGUCCGGGAUCCGCAGCGGUCUGAGACCAAGCACGCAGCCAACAGGCCUGCAGCUCGUCCAGGAGUCGGAGCUUAUGGACGACGGCCCCGCCGCCGCCGCCACAGGCGCCGCCGCGCCGAGACUCGCCGUCCCGCCCGAGCGCAAGCUGCAGUCCCGCACGGCGUCCAACUCCAGCGCGCCCAGCGGCCCCAUCUCGACGUCUUCAAGAGCAGCCGCCGACGCCGCCGCCGCCGCCGGGGAGAAGAGUAAACGCUCGGCUUCGGCCACGCAGACGACCAAGUCCUCCCGGGCGAGCAAGAAGAAGAAGACAUCGGCGGCGGUCCUCGACGAGGAGCACCCUGCCUCCAUCAGCCCCACCCUGCUCACCUGGGUCGUCGGCGCCGGCGUCGUGGUCCUGGUCUCCGUCGUCGGCUUCGGCGCCGGCUACGUGAUCGGUCGGGAAGUGGGCCGGCAGGAGGGCGCUUCCGCCAUGGGCUUCAACGGCCUCGGCGGUGGCGGCGGCGGUGCCGGUGCCGCCGUCAACGCCUCGUCGUCGUGCGGGAGCGAGCUCGUCCGGUCUGGCGGGUCUGGGACCGGCGGCACGCUGAGGAGGUUCAGGUGGGGUGGUGGGAUUGGUGGGAGCGUAGCUGCCUGA